AUGGUAAAACAUAAUGUGCUUUCAGUUGAAGUUUCUCUAUUUGAAGUUGAUGCAGCCUUCACUGGUCCUGCAACUUUCCUGAUGGUUAGAGGAGAAAUAGUCAGAAAGAGAAUUCCCACCAUCACUUCAUGGACUUCAAGUGAUUUGAGGGCAAGGGUCAAGGUUGAAAGAGACAUAGGCGGCUUUGGAAAGGGCAAAGUCGUUGAAUAUAUCCCAGAUGCACAUCAGCCACCACCUCCUCAACUGUCACCACCCCGUGAACUGCCACAAGGUCAGGAAGUUGAAAAGGUCACCACCGCAUUGAAAAAGAUGACCACGAGCAUUAUGGAGUUCGGUGAGGUCAUGGCAGAUGUUGGGGCAAACACCUCUGUUGUUGAGAUUAUAAAAAAUGUGUUCAGCAACUUAUCCGCCACUGCCAACCUCACCCCAAGCCCGAAUCCAACCCCACCGGAAAACUUACUGCGAGAUGAUGAUAUCUACAACCAACCUAGUUUCUUGGAUGUGGUUGCUGAACUUGAAGCGGCAUUCCUGGCAACAUUGAAGAACAUGACAACUGCUGACAUACCCGCACCAACUUUUAAUCUCCUAACGCCAACUAGCCAUGACGCUACUCCCGAAGAGGCCCCAAGAAAUGCAACUCCACCUGAAACAACACCACCUCCGCCCGAACCCACAUCUGAACCCCGAGCAGCAACUCUAUCAGCAUCACCCACCACACCACCACCACAAACAACCAAAGGAAACACAGCAGCAGCAGCACUUACCCCAAUUGCAACACUCUUGGAGAAUAUCAUUGAUGACAUAGCUGAUGGUUCACCCCAAUCACUACCAGCAACUGAAUAG